AUGAAUUCAAAGUUUCUUAUAAUUGGUGCGCUGCUUGGAAUUUGUCUUGCUUUUGGAGUUGGCAUCAUCAUUGGUCACUUUGCCAUUCGUAAAACAAACACUUCCAUAUCGUCCAAGUAUGCGCAUCUUACAAGACAAGCUGACCCACACAAUUAUCAAACAUUCAUUAGUUCUGUUCGAGCAGAGAAUAUUGAAACAGAUCUAAGAGAUCUCACUUCACGUCCUCAUAUCGCUGGACUACCAGAAGAUCUAGAGAGUGCUCAAGUGAUCGAAGAACGGUGGAAACGUGAUGGUUUACAAGUAACCAAACCAAGAUACAACGUUCUUCUUUCUUAUCCCGACGACAAUAGACCUAAUCGAGUUACUCUUAGGAGUGCAGAUGGAACAAUCACUAUUGAAACAGAAGGAGUCGAACACGUCUAUGAUCCCAAUCAAAUACAAACAGUGAAGCCAUUUCUUGCCUAUACACCGAAUGGAACGGUUUCUAGUACGAAACUAUUCUAUGCUAAUUAUGGCCAAAUUGAAGACUUGACACACUUGGCAUCUGUCGUUGGAAAUGCUAGUCUUCAAGGUAGUAUUAUCAUUAUGAGAUAUGGUCGUAUUUUCAGAGGCGAUAAAGUGAUGCAUGCUCAAUACUUUGGAGCUGCAGGUGCUAUAUUAUACAAUGAUCCGGCUGAUUAUGCUCCAUUCGGUACUACACCAGAUCAAGUCUAUGAUCAAAAAUGGUAUAUGCCGCCAAGCGGUACACAAAGAGGAUCAGCAUUUGGUGGAAACGGUGACCCUUUGACACCCAUAUAUCCAUCCACCGAUUUCAUGGGUAGAUUGGAAGAGAAGGCUGCUCCAUUUCUACCGAGAAUUCCUGCUCAACCGAUUGGUUAUGGUGAAGCACAAGUUAUUCUAAAAUAUCUAGGGGGUAAUGAAGUGCCUGCAGACUGGCGUGGAAUUUUAUCGAAUGUAGCGUAUCGAUANACUAUAGAUUUCAUGGGUAGAUUGGAAGAGAAGGCUGCUCCAUUUCUACCGAGAAUUCCUGCUCAACCGAUUGGUUAUGGUGAAGCACAAGUUAUUCUAAAAUAUCUAGGGGGUAAUGAAGUGCCUGCAAACUGGCGUGGAAUUUUAUCGAAUGUAGUGUAUCGAUAUGGUGGAGAACUGCUUAAUACAUCGUCGAUUGAAGUAAAAUCAUUCAAUCGCCUCGAAAGAAGAGAUACUUACAAUGUAAUUGGAAUCAUGAAAGGAGAAAUUGAACCAGAUCGUUAUAUUGUAAUCGGUAAUCACCGGGAUGCUUGGAGUUUAGGCUCUGUCGAUCCUACAAGUGGAACUGCUACAAUGCUAGAAAUUACGCGAGUACUUGGUGAAAUGUAUAAAAAUGGAUUCCGUCCACGGCGUAGCCUGAUGUUUUGUUCGUGGGGUGCUGAAGAAUAUGGACUGAUAGGAUCGAUAGAAUAUAUUCAGGAAUAUGUUAAAGUAUUAGGAGCCCGUAUUGUUUCUUACAUGAAUUUGGACAUUGCUGUUAAUGGAGCUUACUACGUUAAUAUCAAGUCUUCUCCAGUAUUAUUUGACGCUAUUGUCAAAGCAGCUAAAAUGGUUCCAAGUGCCUAUGAUCCCGAUGGACAAACUGUGUAUGAUAAAUGGAUGAAAGUUCAUCGAAACGAUAUAACUAAUGAACCAAAAAUAGCAUUUGGUCUUGGAUCAGCUAGUGAUUACUUUGGUUUUGAUCAAAUAGUUGGCUCAUCAAACUAUGAUGCAACCUAUACUUUCAAUCGAGCUGAACAUAAAAAUUUAAGUUCAUAUGCACUCUAUCACACAUCUUAUGAAGUAUUUUCGUUGGUGAAAAAAUUUAUUGAUCCGGAUUUUCUUGCACAUCAAAGUAUGGGCCAGUUGACAGGAGUUCUGGCGUUAAUUCUUUCAGAAAGUCCUAUUUUACCAUUGAAUAUUAGUCGGUAUGCAUUCACUCUUAAAGAAAUAGUAAACAGUCUCAACACAUCCAAUCCUAAUGACCUUGAUCCACUUCGAGAUGCUAUCAAUGAGUUUAGUCAGGUUGCAAAUGAAUUUGUUGAACGAUCGAAAUCAAUGGAUAUAGAAAAUCCAUAUGAAAUUCGUUUAUAUAACGAUCAGUUAUUACAAUUAGAGCGAGCAUUUCUGAAUCCUUUAGGGCAAGGUCCAAAUGAUUCUGACAUGAAACAUAUUAUUUAUGCACCAUCUAAAACUAGUACAUAUGCUACAUUGGGUUUUCCGGGUAUUACGGAUGCAAUUGUCAAUGGUAUUAGAACAGAAAUAGUUAAUCAAAUAGCAAUAGCAACGUUUUUCAUACGUGGUGCUUCAUCUACAUUGAAAGAAUUCGAUAAAUUUAUUGCUACAUAA